CACUGGGUGGCGUCGUCGAUACAGGUUCCCGGUAUGCAAAACGCGGAAGUGUUCUAACAUUGUUCCAUCAGAGACUCCGUAGAACAAAUCUGCUUCUCUGUUUUGGUACAAUUGUCCACUUUCUGACACGCUGUAGUUCGGUUACACAACCAUUACGAGAUUGUGCGAUGGUUUUGACCCAAAGAUGACCUGCGCCCCACGCUUAUGACCGACAGUGAAUCCCACAUUUAUCAGGUCCGGUUUUAGGUUCCACACAGGGUGACCGAUGCUUUCUGAUGAGCUUGACUCCAAACCAGAGCUGCUGGUGCAGUUUGUACAGAACGCAUCCAUCCCGUUGGUGCAGGGUCUGGAGGAUUCAGAGUCCAAACACUCCUGCCUGCCUCUGCUGGCUCCAGCUGAGAGCUCGCUGUGCAGCCCGCUGGAGCUCACAGAUGGGGGCCUGAGCCAUGAGCCUGAGAGUUCUCCCUCCCUGUCAGAGUUCGGAGGUGUGUCAGCACGAAGCCCCUUAGUGGUCCAGACGCACUCUCAUCCACGGUCCUCACCCAGCCCUCCACCCAUCCUCCAUGACCUACAACAGUCAGACAGCACUUCCUAUGUCCUACUGAACCUUGCAAAAGGCAUCACAGCCUCCUCAGAGUCGCUGAUCUUCGCUGCAGAUGGCGCCGGCGAAGACGAUGAUGAGGGGGUCUCAUCAGGGGACUAUGGGAUAGAUGGCAGUGCUCCCUGGUAUUUGCGGGUACAGGAGCUGGCACAUGACAGCCUGAUUGCCGCCACGAGGGCACAGCUUGCUAGAGAUGCCAAGGCCAGCCAGGAUGCCAGAGCUGCAAGUGUCAGUAACGGUGACCACACACACAGCCUGACAGCAGAUGGGGACAAGCCGCCUAGAACCAGCCGCCCCCUCUCCAAGCAAAUCCUCCGCUGCUCGUUUGAAGGCUGCUGCAGGACGUUCACCUGGCCAGCUCAUCUCAAAUACCACCUCAAAACACACAGGAACGACCGAAUGUUCAGGUGCGGCGCAGAAGGCUGCGGGAAGAGCUUCUACGUGCUGCAGAGGCUGCAGGUACACAUGAGGACUCAUAAUGGCGAGAAGCCCUUCAUCUGCAAGGAGAAGAACUGUGGCAAGAAGUUCACCACCGCUGGAAACCUGAAGAACCACAGGCGCAUACACACAGGAGAGAAGCCUUUUCUGUGUGAAGCAGAUGGUUGUGGGCGAUCCUUUGCAGAGUAUUCCAGUCUACGAAAACACAUGCUCGUACAUUCUGGUGAGAAGCCUCAUCACUGCGGGAUCUGUGGGAAGACUUUCUCUCAAUCUGGCAGCAGAAACGUCCACAUGAGGAAGAGGCAUGGAGAGGAGGGGCUCAGUAGUGAAAGCAGAGAAACAGCAGAGGCUCUGACACAAAGCAGCCUCCUGGAAGCUGACGGAGAAAACAUGACAACAACUGUGGAGCCCAUGAAUCUUCACCAUGCCAUGCUGAGAUCACCAGGCUCUGCAGACUCAGUGGUAGUUCUCUCUCAGCCUCAUGAACUGGUGACCAUGACGACCGAAGGACAUGCAUAUGGAGAUGAUGUGGUGGCGCUCCUGUAGUCUGCCAUAAUGAAAAACGUCACACACUGCCUAUCUCAGCAGCGCUACACUGUCAGUUACAGUGGACUAAACAUAAACCUUGUUUUUUUGUAAAUAAAUUAACUGCUGAUGUCCUCCCCUGUAGAUAUUUGUAAUUAGGACUCAAUGAUGGUUUUAUUUUGACAAGUGUGAAAUGGCAAAGUUUGUACAGACAACCUUCUUCCUCAAGUUUUUGAAAAUACUCCCAAAGAAAUACUGAGACGGGUUUAAAGGUUUAAGAAAAUAUAAUGACCAUGCAUUGUUAUGUGCAGUAUCAUUGUAAAUAGAGGUCUGAGGUUGAAAUGCAGCAACUGUAUUCUCUAACAGUAACAGAAACAUGAGUCACACUUAUUUUUUAAAUUUUCCAAUAGCUGAUAAGAUUUACUGUGCAAUUAAAAUAUACCAGACACAUGUAGUACCCCAAUAUCCUUAUUACUAAUAUCAAAAUACUUAACAUUAAAACUGCUAAAGCACAGUAUAUCUCAUUGCUGCAUGUAAACACUGGUCUUGCACAGCAUAAUCAGUCUAACAAGCCAAGCUACCAUUUGUAUGAGCCUGAGUAAAACACAGUAAAACCUCUCUCAAAGUGUUCACCCAAUGAUGCCCAAAGCUGCAUUAACUCCGUGUGUUAUUGGUAACAUCUUUCACUCAAAUGUCAACCUCCAGUGUUUUGCUUGUUUUGUGAGUAAGGCACACAUUACUCAUACAGUUCAAUAUUUUCAAGCUUCAGAAGAACUGCAUUUUAAAACUAAGGUUAGUUCUGUCCGUAUGAAACAAACAGCAGAUGUCUAAGGAUAUUAGAUAAGUUGGUGAAAUUAGUCCUGUUUGUUAUUGAGCACCACGUGGAUCAGCAGUGUUGUGUUCCUCCCUUCUCAGUGGAUCUUCAGGUUGUGGAAGUGGUCCAACGUGGCGCCCAAAGCCCAGCUUGACUCCACGUUGUUCACUUUCUUCGUCAACUAGGAGGAGAAAAUAACCACCACCAAAUCACUUAAAUGCCUUUUGUAUUUAUUGAAAUAAAAAAAAGUUACAAAUUUC